UUCGUUAUCGAAAUUAAACGAAACCGAAACUCUGGGCGGGAAAAGAACACCAAAGGGAAGUUUUGAUUUGAGUGCUCUCGGUUUGUUCUUCUUUCGCCACAUUGGGCUCUCUCCUUUACAGUAUUGAAACUCUUUGCUUUACUCUUUCUCUCUCUCUCUCUCUCUCUGCAUCUGAAUUCAAAUGGAGAGAAUACACGUAACUGUGAGAGCACGGCCACUGUCACCGGAGGAUGCCAAGACUAGCCCAUGGAGACUCUCUGGAAACUCCAUUUUCAUUCCUAAUCAUUCCUCUAAGUUCGAAUUCGAUAAGGUUUUUGGAGAAGAUUGCAAGACUGAGCAAGUGUAUAGAGUUCGUACUAAAGAGAUUGUUGGUGCUGCAAUUCGAGGUUUCAAUGGUACUGUAUUUGCAUAUGGACAGACUAAUAGUGGAAAGACACAUACAAUGCGAGGCUCAACAAUUGAACCUGGGGUUAUCCCUUUAGCAGUUCAUGAUUUAUUUGACAUUAUACAACAGGAAGCUGAUAGAGAGUUUCUUCUGCGAAUGUCUUAUAUGGAGAUAUAUAAUGAAGAUAUCAAUGACUUGUUGGCUCCUGAGCACCGAAAGCUUCAGAUUCAUGAAAGUCUAGAGCGUGGGAUAUAUGUUGCUGGUCUGCGGGAAGAAAUUGUUGCCUCUCCUCAGCAAGUUCUUGAUCUUAUGCAGUUUGGAGAAUCUCAUAGGCAUAUUGGAGAGACUAAUAUGAAUCUGUACAGCAGUAGGUCCCACACUAUUUUCCGCAUGAUAAUUGAGAGUCGGGAUAGAACUGAGGAUGAAGAUAUUAGCAGCUCUUGUGAUGCUGUUCGUGUGUCAGUUUUGAAUUUGGUGGACCUUGCUGGUUCAGAACGUGCAGCAAAAACUGGUGCAGAAGGUGUUAGGCUCAAAGAGGGUUCCCACAUUAAUAAAAGCUUAAUGACACUUGGAACUGUAAUAAAAAAAUUGAGUGAAGGUGCUGAAAGCCAAGGUGGUCAUGUUCCAUAUCGAGAUAGUAAACUCACACGUAUUUUGCAACCUGCUCUUGGUGGAAAUGCAAACACAGCUAUAAUAUGCAAUAUUACACUUGCGCAGAUUCAUACAGAUGAGACAAAAAGCAGCCUUCAAUUUGCAAGUAGAGCAUUACGGGUCACCAAUUGUGCUCAUGUGAACGAGAUUUUGACAGAUGCUGCCUUGCUAAAGCGUCAGAAGAAAGAAAUUGAGGAGCUUCGUGCCAAAUUGCAGGGAUCUCGUUCGGAGCAUUUGGAAGAGGAAAUUCUAAACCUUCGAAACACAUUAUUACAGUCUGAAUUGGAGAGAGAACGCAUAACUUUGGAAUUGGAGGAGGAAAAGAGAGCUCAGGCUGAACGUGAGAAGGUUCUGCAAGAGCAGGCCAAGAAAAUAAAAAACUUGAGCUCGAUGGUGUUGCAUUCCAACAGGGAUGAAAACCGUGAUCUACAAAAAAAGGGCAAAAGACGGGAUACAUGGUGCCCUGGUAAACUUUCACGGGAGACUCUUCAAGAGGUGGAUGCUAAUAUCCAAUCAAGGGCUUCUUCUGUAAAACCCAUGAGACAUGGCUGUGAUAUGAAGCCGCUUAUUCCUUUUGAAGAAUUGGUGAGUGAAAAUGAAGUGAGGGGUAGCUUUUCCCAGCAACAUGAAGGUUGUAAUAGUAAUUCAUUGGAGGACUGUACUCUUCCUGAUCCAUGUGCCUUAUUGCAUGUGACAAAUAGAAGAAAGGGGCCAUUGAGGAGGAAAGGCUACCUUGAGGAGGACCAUGAAUUGGUUGAAAUGCAAGCAGAAUAUGAGCAAUUGUUUCAAAAAUUUGAAACUCAGAGAACUUUGAGUGAGAUACAGAUUGAUUGCUUAACAAGACAGCUGGCUGAGGCUGAUUUAUACAAGUCUGCUAAUUUUAACAGCUGUACCAUCUGCAAUGGCUGCAGAAGUUCCAAUUAUCUGGACAAAAAUGUAAGCUUAAGGGAGUCCGAGGCAAUUCAUGUUAUCAAACAACUUCAAGAAAAGAUUAAGACCUUAGAAAUGGAAAAGUCCUCAAGUCAGCAAAAUCUGGAUAGUGUUGUUGAGAUAGCAACAGAGCAAAGUAUAUGUGCCAGGGAGAAGUUUGAAGAGCUCCAUGAAGAGCUUCAAAAUGCACGGGAGGAGGCUAGGGCCGCUCGUGAACAGCUUGCUUCUGAGGAAUCUGCAAGAAUAAUUGAUGCAACUUUUGAUGCGGAGAUAAAACUUUCAUUAGAGAUUCAAGCUAUAGAGUCUGAAGUUGAGAACUCUAGAAAUGUUUUGGAGAGUGUUUCCUCACUUUUGGAUGAGGUUUUCGAGAAUUUUUCUGCAAUACUUGAUGUGUUCAAUGAUUUCAAGGCUCAUAUGUGUCAGAGCUCUCAGCAGCAAAAAUUGAUUACCAGUAAUCAUGAGCAGUUAUAUUGUUGCAUGAGGCAGAAAAUUGCUGAAGUUGAGAGUGAGAAGCUUCUUUUGUACAAUCAAUCUGUUGAUCUCCAGAAACAAAUACAAGAAAUGGGACAUGAAACUCAAAAUUAUGAAGAGUCCUUGAGAGCAAUUUCUGAGCAACAUGAUCUGGAAAAGGAGCAAUUGCUUUCUCAAAUUCAAAGUCUUGAAAAGGAAAUAUCAUCGUGUUCCUUGGCCAAGGAAAAGGAAAAUUUGAGAAAAGAUCUUGAGAAAACAAAAGUUAAAUUAAAAGAGACCGAGUUCAAGCUCAAGAGUGCCAUCCAAGAGAAAACUAAACUAGAGGGUGAGAAAUCUUUUGCUGAAAGGGAGGUUAAAAGAUUGCAUGGUCAGAAUACUCGUCUUGAGCGUGAUAUCAGCAAACGUGACUCACUUGCUGGUAGAAGGCGUGAUUCAGUUGUUGAGGGGAGUUCAAAAAUGUUUGAUUCAAAAAAGACAAAGGGUGCAGGUUCCUUAGAACUGAAACUGCAGGUGAUGGAGGAAGACUAUAGAAAGCUUGAAGUUUUUGCAUUUGAAAUGGAAACAAUGAUUGCUUCUUUGGAAGAGGAAGUAGCAACUACACAAAAGGAGAAGGAAGAGGCUGUAUCUAGAAAUGACAGUUUGACUUCAGAGUUGGAAGCCCUCUUUGAAAAGUUGAAUAUAACAAAUUCAGACCUGAAUAUGUUGCAGGAAGAGGUUGCGUGCCUGAGACAGAGAUUGGAAGACUCUAUUCUUAACCAGCAAACAAUGGAAAAUUCUAUUAAAUUGUUGGCAGAAGAAAAAGAAGAGUUAGCAAUGCAACUUACUAACUCUCUUUUGGAAAUGGAGGAGGAAAAGGCUAUAUGGUCUGCCAAGGAGAAAGUUUCUGUUGAAGCCAUAGACGAGAAGGCAAAGUUAUUUAAUAUGGAGAUUACAUCAUUAUCUAAAGCCUUGUCAGAGGCAAGAAGAGAAUUAGAUUCCUGUAGGGAAGAGUGCAAAGUUCUCCAAGAAAGAUUGACCUGCUCUGAAGAGAAUGCCAAAUGGGAGAUGAAAUCCAGUGUGGAGAAGUCUCUGGAGAUUGAUCAACUAAAAGAUAACUUGAAACUAGCUGAUGCUGAGAGCAAACAAAUCCAAGAGAAUCUUCAAAACCAACUUCUCAAUGUAACAAAAGAAAGGGAUAAAUUGAUGGCUCAAAUUGAAAGGUGUCAGAGUAAUGGAAAUGAAUUGGAAUCUCUGACAAAACGUUACGAUGGCAUGCUAUUGGGUGCUAAAUCUCAAGUUGAGGAGCUGAAUGCAAGAAUUUCCAGCAUGGCCAUGAUGCAGAAUGGUGAAGCCACCAACAGUAAGGAAAAGGCAAAACUCCGGAUGCGGCUUCAAGGAACGCAAGCACGAUUAGAUGCAUUUCAGUUUAGGUACAAGGAAGCAAUGGCUGAGCUGGAUGUUAUGAACAGGGAGUAUAAAGAGGCCACCGUAAACCUAAAGGACAAGUUGGCUUUGUUUGCUUCAGAGAACCUUAACCUCAAGAAGCAGAUUGCGAGCCAAGGGCUCAAGUGAUGUAACAAAAUCCAUUGUGGGUAAUCCCAUUCGUUGUACAAUAAGCAAUCUUGUAUGUAGGUAGCAUGUUGAUUUAGGGCAGCCAUUGUAUCAAUUUGUACAUUAUUCGUACAUGUAUGUUAUGUUGCUAUUAAUACAUUUACAUGAUCUCUGAUCAUAUGGUAAUCACACUAAUGCAUAAUUUUGUCUC